UUUGAUAAAUCAAAUUUUACUGUUGUUCUUAUAAUCAUUUAGGGGGGCUUAGGAACAUUUUGGGGUAGCUUCAGCCCCCCUAAAAUAGGCCUAACGACGUCCCUGGUGAGACUGUUAACCCCUUGGGCUCCAAAACUGUUGUGCACAAAUUAGGACUGAUUUACUUUCAGAUCAAAUGUUUGCCCCCUGUGCUGUUGUCUUCUCUGUCAUCAUGCUUUCUCCUAGCUGUGUAUAAAUCAGAUGACGCUAAAACAUAUGGCAUUGAUUCUGUUUUGCAGCGUAUAAUUGAUGAUAUUUUAGACUUGGAGGUAAGCGGUCUCCUUAUUGACACUCCAGAAUUUUGUGGUACUGUAAAGAUCAGUGUGGCCCAGGUUUGUGGUGACAACUUGGCUCUGAAUUCACUCCUUGGCUACUCAGAAGGUUUUAAUGCAAACCACUGCUGUCGCUGGUGUAAAGUACACAAAGAGGAUAUGUGGACUCAGACUAUGGAAGACCCAGAGAUGCUGCGUAAUUCUCAGAAUAAUGAAGAGGACUUGUCAUUAAACAACCAUUCAGAAACAGGACUCAAGCGGAAAUGUGUCUUAAAUGAGUUGAAAUACUUCAGUGUUGUGGACAAUGUAGCUCCAGACAUCAUGCAUGACAUUCUUGAGGGAAUUGGCCCUUUUGAAGUCAAGUUGGUCAUGACAUCCUUAUUGGCUGAAGGAUUCUUUAGUUUAGAAACACUAAACUACAGACUGACAAGUUUUGAUUAUGGAUUUCCUGAUAGUAGCAACAAACCUACGGUACUGGCACAACAUGAACUUAAGAACCCCAAUGGUCCAAUGAAACAGACUGCAGCUCAGAUGUGGUGUCUCUUAAGGUUUUUGCCCAUCAUAAUUGGAGACAAAAUUCCAGAAGGAAACAAACACUGGGAACUGUUGCUUCUUCUUUUGUCAUGCAUGGAAUUCAUUUUCUCCCCCUCCAUCACACCAGAGGCCACCAUGUACCUGAAACAUCUAAUUGAGGAACACCAUACUGUGUUCUUGGAGCUUUAUCCACAUCUACACCUCAAACCAAAACAGCACUUUCUUCUCCAUUACCCAAGAGCCAUUCGGAGGAUUGGUCCAUUGAAACAAUUUUGGACAAUGCGGUUUGAGGCAAGACAUAACUUCUUCAAGCAGUUGAGCCAUAUAGUUUGUAAUUUUAAAAACAUUUGCAAAACUAUGGCAUUCAGGAAUCAGAUGAUGUUGUGCUACCACUUACUGACAGGAAGUGUUUUUUCCAAAAACACAGAGUUUGGACCCGGACAUGGCUCCUUUCUUGCUGCAAUACAAGGAGAAUUUGUAAAGGGUCUGGAAGGACUACCCCCUUUUACUGAAGUUUCUGUACCUGAUUGGGUGGUAGUUAAUGGGACAGAGUACAGACCAGGCAUGACCGUUUCAUUGGGAUGCACAGAAGAUGAAACACCUCAGUUCGGAUUGAUUAAAGCUAUUGUAGCUAUUGGUGUUGAUGUGAAACUUGUUGUAAAUAAAUGGCACACUGUGGGGUUUAACCGCCAUUAAUUCUCAUAUGCAGUGUCACCUACAGAAGCUCUUGAGGCUGUCCCUGUAAAGGGUCUACAUGAUUUUCAGCCCUUGCAUGCUGUCAAAUCAUAUAAUGUAGAGGAUGACUUGUACUACAUACCUUUGCGCUACAGACGUUUUUAAUUUUUGACAGUUUAUCAUCUAAAAACGCGCUACACAAGCUUUCCAUUUUUUUCUUUUUCGUACAUCUUCAUGUCAUCCAUGUUGUAAACUGAAACGUCUUAUAUAGACUUACACAAUGCAAGCUUUAUUUAAAUGGUUUAUUAGUGCAAUAGAUUUAGAACUAAAGGCCAAUUCUUGGUGAGUGCAAGCUAGGAAUAUUUUUAACUGGUAAUUUCCUCAUGUGGUGUGCUGUUUAAUCAUUUAUUCAUCGGUUUUAUUCAUUUGUAUAUGUAAAGGAUAUAUACAGUAACUGGAACUAACUAACCAAAUGAUUUCUCUUCACAUGUAGACUGAGCAACCCUGUGACAACAGUGCUAAUGAAACAGAGGAACCUACCGUGACCCUGACCAUUUUGGAAAGUCCACCUUCGUUUGAUAUACGGCAAAUUUUAGAGGGAUGCAGAGAUGGGUGUUCUAUUCUUUCAUCUUUAGACAAAAACCGAAACGUAUGCCUGCAAGACAGAAGAAAAAUGGUCCGCAUUUUGGUGUCUCAUUUAAUAGAAAAGUUUGGGGAAUAUCCACCAUCACAUAGAAAGGGGGAGCUAGCUUUGGCUCUGGUCACCCAGUUCCCAUGUCUCAAAGAUACAGAAGGCAAUGGAUAUGAGAUAUGGUAUACACCAGGGCGGUACCUCCAUCCUGCCACAGGAUUUUUAGAGGAACGACUCCGGAAUAUUAGAAAACGCCUCCACAGGCACACUUCAAUAUCACGACAAAGGUCACAGGUCACAUUGGAGCGCCGAGCUACUGUGACAGAUCGCAUUACUUUAUUACCAGGUGAGAAGAAAUCUUUUUCCAAGGUGCUGGAAAGCUUGUGUAUUAAUUUGCUUGAUUUUUCUUUUUAAUUAUUUGUAAUUGGACACUGAAAGAACCGGGUCCCAAGAAUACAGAAUUGUUUAUCAGACAUUUUGUUGUGCUUGAAUCGAUAACUGGUGCUUACAGCUAUAUUAUGUUUAAUAAUUUGUAAUAUGUAAGCAUAUAUAAUAAUGUCA